AUGGGCCCGCAGAAAAAGAGUUCUGCUUGGAACUAUUUCAAUAAAAUUGAUGACAAAACUGCUAAAUGUAAAAUUUGUCAGAGAAUUAUUAAGACCGCUGGCAAUACAACCAACCUAAUGGGCCAUAUUCGUAAUCUUCAUAAAGCUGUUUUCAUACAAAUAAGUACGGAAGCUAAGAAAUCUAAGGCUAAAAGUAGCACUGUCUCAGUUUGUCCACAGCCCCAGCCUACUACUUCUAACCCUUCUCCUUGUACUUCCAAGUCUUUACCAGACGAAGCUCCUGUAAUUUUAAGCGAGGUAGGCGAACCAAUGGAAAAUCCUCUUCUUACUAAAGAAGUGGAGAGCGAUACAGAAAUACCAUUGAAGCGACAGAAACCAAUUAUCUCAGCCUUUGAAGAAAUGUAUUCUUUUACUCCAACGGGAAAUAAAACGAAGAGAAUUAAUAAUAGCAUUCUAUAUAUGAUUUGUAAAGACAACCAACCAUUCAGUAUUGUCGACAAUGAAGGAUUUCGCCACCUAUUGAAAGUUGAUGCUCCCCAAUACAAGAUUCCCAGUAGAAGCAGUUUUAUUCGAUGGCUUGAUAACAAGUAUUAUGUUCUAUGGAAAAUUUUCAAAGACAAAUUGUCCUCUGUGGAACACAUCACAUUGACAACAGACAUUUGCUCCGACAGUAUGCAAAUGCGCAGCUUCUUGGGUCUCACUGCACAUUUUGGAGUGGUUACAGAACUAAAUUCUGUAACUCUUGGUGUCUACGAACUAAGCAAACGCCACACAUCCGAGUAUUUAUCUGAAAUGCUUUUAAAUACAUGCAGAGAAUGGGGUAUAAAUCCUGAAACCAUAUCAGCAGCUUUUACUCAAAGAAAACACAUAUCAUGUUUUGCGCAUACGCUAAAUUUAGUGGCUUAA